AUGGCUUCCACGUAUAAAUCAAUCGCGGCACUCCAGAAAGAUCUCAAGGACGGCAAGACAACUGUGAGAGAAGUCACGAAAUACUAUUUGGACGCCAUUGAGAGGCUGGAUAAAGAACUCAACUCUUUUACCACGGUCAAUCAGAGAGCUUUGGAAGAUGCUGAGAAGCUGGACGGCAUCCCGGUGGGGCGAAGAGGUCCGUUGUUCGGAGUUCCAAUCGCAAUCAAGGAUCAGAUAGACACUGCUGGCUUAAGGACCACUUACGGAAGCAAAGCCUGCGAGGACUAUGUGCCGCCCGAAGAUGCCACGAUCGUUCGCAAACUAAAGGAAGCUGGUGCAGUAAUACUAGGAAAGACUACGUUAUGCGACUGGGCUACUGGGUUCUCUUCCAUGUCAUCCAUGACGGGAACCACAAGGCAUCCUAUCGAUCCUACUCGAGACCCUGGUGGUAGCUCAGCCGGUAGUGGCACAGCCGUGGGAGCAGAACUUGCUCUAGCAGCGAUCGGUGGCGAUACAGGAGGCAGCAUUCGAUUGCCGUCUAGCUUCUGCGGUUUGGUUGGAGUACGAAUGACGCCUGGAAGAAUCAGCAGAGAUGGGAUGUCUGCUUUGGUCAAGACGCAAGAUACACCUGGUCCCAUGUGUAGGACUGUUGAAGACGCGGCGAAGAUACUUGAUGUGCUUGUGGGAUUUGAUGAGAAAGAUGAUUUCACAUCGAUCAAUGCUCUGACUGGUCGGAGUGCAUCCGCAACACAGUUUCAAGAUGCUGUUGCUCAGCCGUUUCUUGAAGGCAAGAGACUUGGGGUUCUGAGACAGGAGUUCGGAUCACAUCUUGGCAUAAACGAUAUCCUUGACAAGACCCUCGCCGACCUCAAGGGCGCCGGUGUUGAGCUUGUCGACGUUGAGAUACCCAAUCUCGACGACUUCAAAAGAAUCACUGCGCCGUAUGUCCUGCGAGCCAAGGCGGACAUCAACGAGUUCUGCGCCUCUCGCCCAGCAUUGCAGCACAUCAAGCUCGAAGAUCUUUACGACAAAGGGAUCUACCACAAAGGACUUGAGCUGAUCCCUUCAGCCGUCAAAGGCUCCACCAAAUUCGAACAAAGCCCUCACUUUGCAAAGUAUCUUGUUACUCGCGAAGAGUUUCAAAGAAAAGUAGCCGCUUUGUUCGCGAAGCAUAGCUUAGACGCUAUCAUCUAUCCAACAUGCAAGACACUCGCGCCGAAGACACAGCAGCUGCUUGAUGGGGAGUGGCAGCAUGUUCCUAAUACCGUUAUCGGAAGCCAGCUACUCUUCACGGCACUGUCAGUACCUAUAGGGAGGGCCAAGGAUGAUGACUUUCCGGACGAUCCUGCGCUGCCUGUUGGACUUGAGAUACUCGGUGUUCCCCUGAGCGAGGAAAGGAUUCUGAACAUUGCGGCUGGCGUUGAGGCAUUGCAGAGCAAAUAG